GCCUGCUGGGACCAGGGCUUCAGGAGGACACCAUGACCGGGAGGCUGUGGUGCAAGGCCAUCUUUGCUGGCUACAAACGUGGCCUCCGAAACCAGCGGGAGCACACUGCCCUGCUGAAAAUUGAAGGUGUUUAUGCCCGUCAGGAGACAGACUUCUACUUGGGCAAGAGAUGUGCCUAUGUAUACAAAGCUAAAAACAACACCGUAACCCCCGGUGGGAAACCUAACAGGACACGAGUGAUCUGGGGGAAGGUAACCCGCGCCCAUGGGAACAGUGGCAUGGUUCGUGCCAAGUUCCGCUCCAACCUUCCUGCCAAGGCCAUUGGACACAGAAUCCGAGUGAUGCUGUAUCCAUCUAGGAUCUAAAAUUUUUAUUGGAAAUAAAAUGGAGAAUCUGUUUAAUUAUUGUACAUUUCUGGUUUUGUCCCCUCCACCUGUUUUGAGGGACUUCGCUCAUUUUCAGUAGAGUAUCAGAGUUCACAGCACAGGGAUGGAAUAGUGACUCUAAGCUAGACAAUGAAAUGGAGAUUCACUGUGCUUGGCAAGGAGCUUGCAGACCGGACUGCAUUCUAAAGACAAAUAACUGGCAGUCUUUACUGUGACCUGUCUCUGGAAUUUGAAUUGUUUGCAAGGCUAAACAAUAAAUGUUCACAACCCCAUAACUGUACACAGAAACUUUA